AUGCACAUUCGCCUGUUUCGUUCCUUCUCCUCCUGUUCAGGUGAAUGGCGCCCUUCCUGCUUCACCUUAUCACAUACUACCACCCCUCUCGCCCCUCCGCCCUUCUCCCCUCUCCGCAGGUCGCUCUCGUCCAAUCAGGUCGAUUGCGUCCAAUCAGGUGACGGGCGCCAUUCCACCUGCCAUUUCAACCCUCAAGUCAUUGAGAACCCUGUGAGGCGUGAGGCAGGGAGGAGAGAUGGACGGGAGGAGAGAGGGAUGGGAGGAGAGGGGGAUGGGAGGAGAGAGGGGAGAGGAGAGGGAUGGGAGGAGAGAGGGAUGGGAGGAGAGAGGGAUGGGAGGAGAGAGGGAUGGGAGGGAUGGGAGGAGAGAAGGAUGGGAGGAGCGAAGGAAGGGAGGAGAGAGGGAUCCCCUCCCAACCUUUCCCCUCUCCUCCCCUCCCCUCCCCUCCCCUCCCCUCCCCUCCCCUCCCCUCCCCUCCCCUCCCCUCCCCUCCCCUCCCCUCCCUUCCCCGCCCCUCCCCUCCCCGCCCCUCCCCUCCCCGCCCCUCCCCUCCCCGCCCCUCCCCUCCCUGCCCCUCCCCUCCCUGCCCCUCCACUCUUCUCCAAUCCCGUCCCCUCCCAUCCCCUUCCAACUCCCCCUAUCCCCCUUCUCCCGCGUCCCCCCUCUCCCAUCCCCCCUUCCCCCCCAUUCUCUCGCCCCCCAUCCGCCAUUCCAACUCACCCCCCAAACUCCUCCUCACCCAUCCACUACAACAGCACCACCCGCUCUCUCCCUGCUGUCAUUAACGCCCUACCCCCUCUUCCUCAUCCCACCAUCCCAGUCCCCCUGUCCCCCCAUCCACCCUUCCAACCCCCCCGAUCGGCCCUCAGCCUCACCGACUACAGUAGCAUCAUCACCGGCUCGCUCCCUGCUUCCAUCGGGGCCCUGCCCUCUCUUCCCCUCCAUUCCCCCUACCAACUCCUCCAUCCCCCCUUAACCCCCCAUUCCCGCUCUCCCUAUCCCGCCUUCCAAACCCCCUUACCCACCUCCAACCUCUUCGACUACAGCAGCAUCAGCGGCUCUCUCCCUGCCUCCAUAGGGGCCCUGCCCUCUCUUCCAAAUCCCCCUUUCUUUCCCCCUAUCCCCCCUUCCAACUCCCCCAUUCGCCCCUCAGUCUCUUCGACUACAACGCCUUCUCCGGAACCCUCCCUGCCUCCAUAG